GAGAGAGGGGGAGGGGGAGGGAGGAUGCGUGUAAUUCCCAUUCAACUGUUGUUGUUGUUGUAAGAAGGACUGUCAGUUUUACUAGUCGAACAGGCAACAUUCAGAGAUGAAUCUAAGCGUUAUUCUGUCGGAGAUCGACGGUGGAGAUGAUGAAACAGUUGAAAAGCUUUUGCAGAAGUAUAACACAGAGAACAGCCACACAUUUUCCUUUGACCACAAAGAGGCGGAUGUACGAAUUAAGUUGUGUCAUGGCCUGCUUACAGUGCUCCGUCGGUCAGCUCGACCACUCUGCCAAAGCACCUGCUUGGAGACCAUGCGCAUCCUUUCCAGAGACAAGAGUGUUCUGGGACCUGUAGCCACCCGGAAGGGCAUCCUCACCCUAGUUGGUCUGGCUCGGAUUCGUGCGUUGGGCGAUGACGGAGAACCAUUUGAGGAUGCUCAGUCAGGAGAGGAAGAGAGGGUUGUGGUGGAGGCUCUUAAGUGCCUGUGUAACGUGGUGUUCAACAGCGUAGCGGCACAGCAAGUAGGAGCUGACGUUCAGCUGGCAGAGGGCCUGUGUGCCAGGUUGCAUUCGCUUAGCUCCGCCCAUCAUGAGGUGGGACUGUUCUCCCUACGGUUGCUGUUUUUGCUCUCAGCCCUACGGACGGAUGUACGUUGCACUCUGAGGAAGGAGGCGGGUGCUUUGAGGCUGCUUACUGAUGUGCUGGAACGCACCCUUGAUGUGCGCUGGGUGGGGCCGUAUGAGGUUGCGCCCCCUGACCCAGAUGCCCCGCCCAUUUCACUAGAGAACAAUGAGCGUGCCAUGGAAGCCCUUAAAGCUCUGUUUAACAUCACUAUGUCUGACUCCAGUGAUGAGGAUAAUGAGCAUCAACUUCGCCUUGUGGUAGGCAUCAUGCGUCACCUCCUGAUGCUGAAGACACAUACAGAAGAUAAAACAGAGGAGGCUCACAGUCAUGCUAUAAAUCUCCUGAGUAACCUUCCAGUACAGUGUCUGGAUGUACUCAUAGACGUCCCCGUCCAAGGUGGACUGGAAAAGUACGGUGGGAAAAACUUAGACGUGGUGCAGGUGCUGCUAGAUUUCAUGGAGAGGAGGAUAGACAAGGGGUCCAACUACAAAGAAGGCCUGACACCCGUGCUGAGCCUGAUGACGGAGAGCUCCAGAUACCACAGGGAAAUCCGCAGAUGCCUCAAGACCCAGGUGUUGCCACCUCUGAAGGAUGUGAAUGAAAGACCAGAAAUUGGCUGCACUGUUCGGAACAAAUUGGUGCGUCUCAUGACGCAUAUAGACAUGGCUGUAAAACAGGGGGCUGCUGAGUUUCUGUUUGUGCUGUGCAAAGAGAGCGUGGAUAAUCUGUUGAAGUACACUGGUUAUGGUAACGCUGCUGGCCUGCUGAUGGCGCGAGGGUUGCUGGCUGGUGGCAGAGGUGAGACGGAGUACUCAUCUGAUGAAGACUCCGACACUGAAGAAUACAAGUCAGCCAAACCAUUCAUUAAUCCCAUCACGGGUCACAUAGAGCACCCAAUGCCUAACCCCAUGGACGAGAUGACAGAGGAACAGAAGGAAUAUGAAGCACAGAAACUUGUACAUAUGAUUGAUGAAUUAUCAAGGACAGAACUAAUCAGGCCAAUGGGAGUGAGGAAGGAUGGCACUCUAGCGCCUCUAGGGGAGACCAUCCAUGGAUGCUGUCCACCACCCAGCGACUCGGACUCAGACUAGCAGAUGCUCUACUCACAGAAAGCCUUCAAGGCAAAGCCUGCAGACCGGCGCGAACUGCCGCCUUACUCACAAACUGUCCUGUGCACAGUUAUUUAUGACCAAGAUUAUUAUUUUGCUGCAGAAGUAGGCUACAUGCCUCUCUAAUGGAAGCUUGUGUGAUAAACAGUACAUAAUUAACAGAGUGAAGAAGGAGAAAAUUGGUUUAAUAGGUAUCUGGUCAAUAUUAAAGAAAGAUUUUAAUGUUAUAAGAUAUCAGAACACAAAAUAAAUUACUGUUAGGUCGUAAGUUAUAUACUUUUUCACUUGUCUAUGAAGUGGCUCUCAAAUAGGUUCAUGUUCUAAGGAAUCUAUUGUCCUCAAGACUCGAUGUUCAAAGCUGUUUGUAUUUGUUAUUACAAUCUGUGGCUCAGAUGACACAUGAGAACUGUAACUGUUGCUGCCUUACAUGUAUCCCUUAAAAAUCUGUUAUACAUGUGUUUUGAAAUGUUACAUGCCAAGACAAGCCAUGAAAUAACUUGCAUUGAGACAUGGUUAUUUUUACACUCAGAUUUUUACUUUUCAGGUUUUUCUUUUUGUGUAGCCAGUUAUACUGUAUGCCUCAGGUUUUACACUCAUAUCUGGCCUCUGUUUUAUAUUAUUUUUAGCAUAUUUUUCUGUAUACUCAUUUUUUUACUUUCACUUUCUGUCAAUGCACUACAGAAUGUAGAUUGUUUGCCCUUUUUCUAAUAAAGGAAUUUCCGUUUUCUACCCAAGAUAAAGCAUGUUAAAAUAAACUUCAGAUUUUUUAAAUAUUUAUGUUGAUUAUCUGAUUUAAAGACUGCGACCAAAGGUUGUGAAUACCUUCAUCUUCUAUUACCACUAUUGUAAAUCAAACAAAAACAGAAUAACAGAGCUUUGUAAAACCUUGUUUAUGGUUUUCUCUUGAUUCAUCUUGACAAUCAUUUGCAAUAAAAACUGUGUAUUAUCCUUUGUUUGAAAA